AAGCCUCUCUAGAGGCGUGUGUCUCCCACACUACUCAUCCCCCUCCCCCACCACCCCACCUCCUCUCUCUCCAUGGCUCUCCAAGAAACCAAGCUCACAAUUAAUGGCGCGAGCUUCGAAGCCCAAGUCCCCACAACCCCCGACGACGAGCUCGACUAUUCGAAGCGGGCGCAGUGGCUCCGCGCCGCGGUCCUCGGCGCCAACGACGGCCUCGUCUCGACGGCUUCGCUGAUAAUGGGCGUCGGCGCCGUAAGAGACGGGGGCGCCCGCGCCAUGCUCGUGGCCGGCUUCGCGGGCCUCGUGGCGGGCGCCUGCAGCAUGGCGAUCGGCGAGUUCGUGUCUGUGUACUCGCAGCUCGACACCGAAAUAGCUCAGCUGAAUAGAGCGGAGGGGCGGAAGGACGCGACCGUCGGCCAGGCAGCCGUCGGGGACAUGAGGCAGCUGCCGAGCCCGGUGCAGGCUGCGGUGGCGUCGGCGCUGGCGUUCUCGGUCGGCGGGGCGGUGCCGCUGCUCGCCGCUGGGUUCAUAACCAGCUACAAAGUGAGGAUGAUGGUGGUGGCGGCGGCGGUGACUGUGGCGCUUUUAGGGUUCGGGAUCGCCGGGGCCGUGCUCGGCCGCGCCCCCGUGGGGAGGUCGUGUGUGAGGGUGGUGGUUGGAGGUUGGCUCGCCAUGGCCAUAACUUUUGGGCUCAUGAAGCUCUUUGCUUCCACUGGGCUCUGAUUUGUGUUAAAUAUAAAAAUAUUUAAACAUUGUUCUCUAUCAACUUAACUAUUUAAAGGAGAACGAUUGUUUUACAAUUUGGACCUCAAAUGAGCUUCACGAACAUGUUUAAUAAAAAUUUUU